AUGGCAUCUCCCAAGAUUGAAGCAACUGCUAAAGAGAACAAUGACGAACUGAAAACACUCAUCGUACAGGAGAUACAGAACUGCAGAGGUGUCCUUAAUUUUGUUCGCCUUGAGUGGCAAAAUAUGAAGCAGCAGGAAGACAAUAUUGUUAAGGUCGAGAAGAAAAGGUUGGACGAAGCCCAUAAACCCAUCAAGCAGCAAGAGUGCACUUACAACGAAGUAAAAAAGUUGCUCGAAAUCUUACGGACAAAUCAUAGCGUCCAACUCGUGCACGAUACCUUGCUUGUCGAGCAGAAAAAUGAGGCUUUCCUUAUCGAAGAGUCGUUUAAUGCAAUCAAGAUUCCAAGAGUAAAGCUCGGUGAGGAGAACUCACGUCGAACUCAAGUUUCUAAGACUGUAUUUGAGAGGGAAACAAGGACACUUGAGAGAAUAAUUACAAAGCUUCAACAGAUGGCUGAGACGGCUGGCAUCUUUCUGGACGAUGUAAUCAUUGUUGAGCAGAACACUUCUGGCUUCACUAACACUGCUGAAAACGUUCGACUCUCCCCUGCAGCCCGGUCACGCCAUUUCGAUGCUGUUAUUGCUCAAGGAACGCCAUGA